GGUCCAAUGCCGCGCACGUGACGGAGUCAGGCUCGCGAGAUCUGAAGUCUCUUCUCCUUUGUAACGGCUUCGGUGCAACUUCACUGGGGCUUAAGGGAACGUAAAUGCGGGGGGUAUGCCUUAAAGGAGGCAGGGACCCGUGUCCGCGGUUGGCUUCAUUCUUUUCCAUUCUUUUCUUUUUUACUAUUCGCUUUGCCCCACCCCUAUGCGCAUCAAGGCAGGAUAGAGAACACUAUCCGGCCCGGCCCGCCCUCGGGCAGGGUGGCAUAUACAUAGAUGGCAGGGAGCAAAAUAUUAAUGGAUCGCUCCGCAUCAUUGCAUCAACAUCCGGUGAAGAGCACUUCUUACCUUGAUUACGUCCUUCAAACUGCUCAACCACGCAUCCACGAGCGCAGCAGGCUCGUCAGUGACCCAGCUUUGUCAAACAGCAACAGCUGCACCAGCAAUAUGGCCACAGCGGGAGGCACUACGGCAGAGAAGAGGGA